AUGAGGUCGGCCGCCGUCAUUGCCUCAGCUGCCCUGGCGCUCGCAAGGCAUUCUAGCGCAGAGAAGUCAAAAUGCAAGGCCUACGUUUCUUCCGAGACCCUACAGGAUUUGAUCAACAUUGAGGAUCUCCUUGCUGGGUCUCAGAAAUUGCAAGACUUCGCGGAUGCGAAUGGCGGCACUCGUGUCUUUGGAAGCGGUGGCCACAAUGCGACUGUGGAUUACAUUUUUGACACGCUUUCUGCGCUGGACUACUACGACGUUGUCAAGCAGCCAUUUGUUGAACUGUUCUUCACCGGAAGCAGCACCCUUUCUGUCAAUGGUGUUGACUCCGAACCCGGCGUCCUGUCCUACAGUCCAGCCGGCACUGCCAAAGCACCUCUGGUAGCCGUAUCGAACGUGGGAUGUGACCUUGCGGAUUUCCCUGCUGAGGUAGAGGGAAAUAUUGCACUUAUUUCAAGGGGUACUUGCUCCUUUGCGAUCAAGGCUACCAACGCAAAGACAGCCGGCGCAGCGGCUGCAAUCGUGUAUAACAAUGUGGAGGGGACCGUCAGUGGAACUUUGGGUGCUCCGAGUCCGGAUUUCGCCCCAGUGGUUGGAAUCACCCUUGAACAGGGCAACACUCUUCUCGCAGCGCUAGCAUCAGGCGAGGUCAUUGCCGACCUGGUCAUUGACACGGUGACAGAGAACAGAACCAACUUCAACGUCAUUGCCGAGACGAAGGGUGGCGACGGGAACAACGUUCUUAUGUUGGGAGCCCACACCGAUUCAGUAGCUGCUGGGCCUGGAAUCAACGAUGACGGAUCUGGUACAAUUGGUACCUUGACAGUUGCCGUGGCCCUGUCCAAAUUCUCAGUCAAGAACAAGGUUAGAUUUGGGUUCUGGGGCGCUGAGGAGUUCGGAAAAUUGGGCUCUUACUACUACAUCAAGCAACUGAACUCUUCGGACUCUGAGCUGGCCAAGAUUCGGGCAUACCUCAAUUUUGACAUGAUUGCUAGUCCCAACUACAGAUACGGUAUCUACGAUGGAGAUGGAAGCUCUUAUAAUCUCAGCGGCCCUGCUGGAUCUGCUGAGCUUGAGAAAACGUUUGAGGACUUCCUUACCAGCAAGAACACCCCAUUUGUUGGUGCAGAGUUCACUGGUCGCUCCGAUUAUGCUGCAUUUAUUGAAAAUGGCAUCCCUGCCGGAGGUAUUGCCACGGGUGCGGAAGGGCUGAAGACCGAGGCAGAGGCAGCUUUGUUUGGUGGAGAAGCUGGAGUUGCGUACGAUGUGAACUACCAUCAAGCCGGCGACACCAUCGACAACUUGGCAUUAGAUGCUUACCUACUCAUCACUAAAGGCAUAGCCGAUGCCGUUGCGAAGUAUGCCCUGAGCUUCGAUACACUUCCUCCUGUUGAUCACGCCAAGAGGAGAUGGGCAGCGGACAGAGCCCAGCUCUUCAAAAGAGUCACUUCGAACCACGCUCACUCACAUUCCGGGCCUUGCGGAGAAACCCAAGAUACAAUGUAG